AUGGUCAACCAAAUGAACACUACAGUGUUUCUCUUAUUUGUGUUGGAUUUAGGGACUGGGAGGAGCACCACAGCGAAGUCCUGGGAAGCGCGACGACAACACUCGCCUGAGGGAAAAGUGACACCACCUUCCACCGCGUCCGAAGGGUACUUACAUGUAUUGAUUUUGUUGACUGCGAUGUUGCAGAUGAUUGAUGAUCAAGAUCUGGGUUUCUUUGCCAAUUUUCUAGGCGUCUUCAUCUUUGUACUGGUGAUAGCUUACCAUUUUGUUAUGGCUGACCCAAAAUUUGAGGGGAACUAG